AUGUCUUUGACAGGCAACGGUCCCACCCAGUCUCAAGUACCUGCUACAACGCUCUGGCCACCUUGGGCAGUUGACCGGACCAGAUUUCUACAAGCGCGCCCACUUUCACACUUAGUACCUACCUACCAAGGUACUAAGCUGAAGGCAUCGUCUGAACAGCCUCUGUUUAGAUCAUCACAGCCACACAAAGCCAUUCAUUCAUUCAGUUUACAUUCUGAACCAGUCAACAACACUUUAUUAGUGACAUCCUUUUUUUUGACGCACACCAUCUACUGUGAAAUAGAAACCUCUGUUGACCUACUCCUCAUGACCGCCAAUAUGUCUGCGAAUCGCCAGGUUUCAGGCGGCUACAAACAUGAGCCUGCUUUGCAUCCCACCCUGGUAACAGCCUCAAGUGAAGGCUGGACACUAUCAGAAGAUUCCGGGAAUACCAGGCUUUUGACAUACCCGUGCAAUAUACCUGUCGCAAGCUUGACCAGCUCAGGAGUCCCUAGGUGGACAAGGCAGGGUAUAUUCUGUUUCACCAUGACCGGGGCUCGCCCGCCCGCAGGGAACAGGGGAGGGGUGGCCAGACUCGCCAGCUUUGACAGAGGGAUUCAUGUCGAACCCCCAAAAAUUGGAGAGGAGAAGAGGCGGGACGUUGCAGCGCACUCUAAUCGGUCUCUGGAUAUCAAUCAUAUCGAUGCUCAGCGGCAUUGCAUGCACCAGCCACACCGUUUUACGGGAACCACAAACGGCGAUAAAACCACGACAAAGGCAAUAAACCGAUUGCGCAGAUUCAACGACCUCAUACAGCCGUUGAAAAGCAUAAGGUUUUGGGUUUUCGGAUACAACAGCAACGCCACCGAAGUCAAGCUCGACUCACAUCCACCCAACGGAUGCGAGGCUGGCGACGAACGUGCAAGUGUCAGGCUGCCAAUGAAUGCCCACUACACCACACAACCCAAAUCUCGUCAACGCGCCGCGGCUACGCGGACCAGCAGCCGGUGGAUGAUGCCUGAGAAAGACGCCGAGAGGGACGCUUGA